AUGUCUUCAGAUUCAUAUUCCCAAGACGGCUACGCCGCCCGCCGUCCUGGUUCUGACGGGUGCUUGGAUACCGAGAUAGGGGAAACCGCCUGGGACGGGUGGUCGCUGUGCUGUCCGGGUGAUACGUCCAUCAAUGAACUUUGGUGCCAGUACAGCGACGAGUCUGAUCGUGAGACCGUAGAUUUUCCCGAACAAUGCGCUAAUUCUUCCCUUGCAUUGUGGGAAGAUGGUGAGGUGAGCUGGUGCUGCGAGGAGGGAGAAAAAGGAUUCCGAUUCUAUGAUGGUCACAAGGGCUGUGCGACGGAGGCGGAGUUUGACGAAGGCGAGGAGGAUGAAUUGUUGACGGCUGUGCAGCAGGUUACGCAAUCGGAACGAACCGUAACAGUCUUCAAAUCUUCCUUCUCAACAUCGACCGCAUCAGCACCCACCACACCAACAGAUUCCAUAUCAACGUCGAAUACAGCAGCACCCACCACAUCAACAUCUUCGGAGCCGUCGUCGUCUUCCGCGUCAACGUCCACAAACAAAGGCACCAUCGCCGGUGCCGUAGUCGGUGGAGCUGGCGGAGCAUUUAUUAUCGUCGGAAUAGUAUGGUUUCUCCUUCGCCUGCGCAAGCGUCAUCUCGCUCGAACAUCAAAACCCGAGAAUCCCGUCCCAAGCACGUCGCAGCCCGAGAUACCUCCCGACCCAAGAGAGGCUAUCCAGCCCGAAGGCGACAGCGACCCGCCAGCGGAAUUAGAUGGCAACCUGCGAGCAGAAUUAGACGGUGGCUCAGUCCCGAAAAAGCCAGUCAAUGAUAGCGUUCAACCUCGAUAUGAGCUGCCUGCUCCAACAGGUCACGAAUAA